AUGCUUCCACUUUCUCAUCCAUGCUCUGCCAUAGCUCAAUCAACAACGCCAUCACCUGGUCUUACAUUGGCGACAUGCAAUUCGACUCUUUGUAAAUCGUCAUCUUUGCCCUGUUCAUCGAAUCUCGAUUGUGAAUGUUUUUCAUUGGCCAAUACUGUUAAUGCAAUUGCCUCGGGCAUUUGUGCUUUCGCCGCUCUUCCCUGCAGUUCAAUGGUUCGAUGUAAUUCAGAUAAUAUUACGUGUUCUAUUCCACAAACAAUUUGCGUUAACAGCACACGAUGUCAACAGCCUGUUUGUUAUCCAAUGGCACUGGCUAAUAUUCAAAUAUGUCCUCCGAAUCGCAUAACAAGUCCGACUUCAACAGUUACAACUACGAAUUCAGUGGCUUCAACGAGAGUUACAACACAAAUGACAGCCACCCGAUCUACAAAUACUACAUUAACAACUAGUCGAACAGGUAAGUAA